CUAAAAGAAAUUUUUUUAAUGGAGCAGGAUGCCCGUCAUGUUUAUGAAUCCAUUAAAAUAUGCCUGGACCACCUCAAAACAUUAAAAAACAUUGUCUUAACUUCCCACAAUUUGUUGGUAGGAAGGUUGGCCACUCAACAAAAUUCUGAAGAAAUUCCAAAUUUGGAAAGUGUACUGCAAGAAUGUGAAAAAUUGGGAGGGUUAAUGGCUGUGGAAUACGAACGAUUAGAAAACGAAGCAAAAAAGCUCCCACAACAAACCCCUUCUUCCCUAACAGUCAAUAGAUUAAAUACUUUCCUCUUGGAUUGUGCUAUAAACCCGCAAAUGAAGAGUGAUUAUGAUAAUACGAUGAGUGUUUUUGAGUGGACAGACAGCACUGCUACUUAUAUCAAUUUUGCCUAUGAUUUAUUUAAAAUCUCCAAUAUGUCCACAUUAACACAGCAACGUUCACGUAAAUUAACUUUGGCUUACCAAAUAGCUAAUGGAGUUGAGAAUAUUAGGACCGAGCCCUCUUCUUCACCACACUUUGCAUUUGUUGAUGUUUUGGAAAAGUAUUUUAGAAUUUGUAAUACUAAACCUAUUAAACAGGUUUGUAUUUAA